UGCAACACCUUAUAUUUGGGAAACUGUGUCCGAAAUUUUCGAAUGGGAUUUUUACCCAGAAAUCAAAAUCCAUCCAUCUCCGUCUCGAUCUCGAUCUCGCCAAUCCAAUUCCAGCGGCGACAUCUGUUACCGUUACCGGAGCUUAUCCGCCUUCUCGGCGGGACCCUCCGAUCAAUCUUCCUCCACCAAUGGCGACGCCCUUCUUGGGCUCCACGUCUCCCUUUUCCUCACCACUAAUCACUUCACGCUUCUCUUCCUUCACUCCUUUAAUUACCACAAGCAGAACCGCCCACCGACGCUUCCCCCUUCUUCUCUCGCGUCUCACCACUACCACCGCCGCCGUCGGAAUGGUGGAGAACUGCGAUCAGCCUCAUCCCUCGCUGGAAGUUCUCGGCGGAGGCCGGGACCGCUUCCUCCCGGCCAUCAACAACUUGGACCGCCCCUAUAAGCCCUACUCUGUAAUCGGGUCGAAUCGCCAUUUGGAGACGAUUUUUGCCGCCUUCUUUAGGUCCUGCCCCAAUGUGAGGCUCCGCCGGGAGUGCCUGCGGAUGCCGGACAAUGGCACCGUUGCUCUGGACUGGGUCGCCGGUGAUGAUCUCCGCCAGCCACCGGAUUCUCCCGUUCUCAUUCUCCUGCCUGGUCUGACAGGAGGAAGUCAGGAUUCAUAUGUGAGGCACAUGUUGCUUAGAGCCAAAUAUCGUGGCUGGAGGGUCGUGGUCUUCAACAGCCGUGGAUGUGGGAAUAGCCCUGUUACCACUCCCCAGUUCUAUUCGGCUUCAUUUUUAGGAGAUAUGCGUGAAGUAGUUGCACACGUUACUAAACGAUACAACAAGGCUAACGUGUAUGCCGUUGGCUGGUCUCUUGGUGGAAACAUUCUCGUUAAUUAUUUGGGACAGGAUUCUCUUUCCUGUCCACUGUCCGGUGCUGUAUCUUUGUGUAAUCCCUUUGAUUUAGUAGUUGCAGAUGAGGACUUCCGGAAGGGCUUCAACAAAGUUUAUGACAAUUCUCUCGCCCGAGCUUUAUGUCGAAUUUUCAACAAGCAUGCUGAUCUGUUCAGUGAUAUGCCUGGUGAAUUCAAUAUUCCCUUGGCUGCCAAUGCUAGAACUGUUAGAGACUAUGAUGACGCCUUAACUCGCGUUUCAUUUGGUUUCAACUCUGUGGAUGAAUACUACUCCAAGUCUAGCAGUUCAAAAUUCAUAAAAGAUGUCAAAAUUCCUCUGCUUUGCAUCCAGGCAGCAAAUGAUCCAAUUGCUCCAGACAGGGCUAUCCCCCGUGAAGAUAUAAAGGAAAACCCGAACUGUUUGUUAAUAGUGACACCUAAAGGUGGCCAUCUAGGGUGGGUUGCAGGCCCCGAGGCUCCCUUUGGAGCUCCGUGGCCCGAUCCUUUUGUGAUUGAUUUCCUCGUGCAUUUGGAAAGGCAAGCAUCCAAGGCUCCUGCAUCUUCUUCUGGUUUUACAGUGGCAGAGUCAUUGGCAUAGCGAUUGAUGGUGACAUCUAUGAGCACGAUAGAAGAAUAGCAAAUUGAGCUAUCGACGAAACGGUUUAAACAUAAUGCCAUUUGCUUUUUUCCAUGUCUAGAUUUAUACAAAACUGUAGAAUGUAUGUUGAUCUGAAUAGUAGUUAUGGUCCUCCAAUGAGAAGUGAGAUUAAAUAUUCAGUUACUCCUUAAAA